CAAAUCUUUCGGCAGCAGUAGCAUUAACACCCACAUUCUUUGGAUUUCUUUUCUCUCAACUUUCUUUCCUGUUUCCACACCACCACCACCUGUUUGAUUAUAUGUCCCAGUGAAGUCAAAACACUUGAUCUUGAUCAAUCUUUUGAAAGUUAUUUAUUCUUUAUACAUCAUACCCCUCGUAUAUUUUUUUUUUAAAGAUGUCUGAAGUAGGUUAUCAAGGAUCCCAACAUGGACAAAGUGUAGAGGUUAUUCCGUUUAAGACAUCUGAUGCAUCUCUUAAAGUUGUGCUGUUACAUGGGAAUUUGGAUAUAUGGGUCAAAGAGGCUAGAAACUUGCCAAAUAUGGAUAUGUUUCAUAACAGAUUAGGCCAAGUUUUCAGUAAGAUGCCUUCAUUUAGUAAAGGCAAAAACAAGACCGAUGAUAGCAAGCCUGCAAAGGUUACAAGUGACCCCUAUGUCACGGUUUCGAUAGCCAACGCUGUGAUUGCCAGAACUUUUGUUAUUAGUAAUACCGAGAACCCUGUUUGGAUGCAGCAUUUUUAUGUCCCUGUGGCGCAUUAUUCGGCUGAGGUUCAGUUUGUUGUGAAAGAUAGUGACGUUGUAGGUUCACAGAUCAUGGGUGCAGUUGGUGUACCUGUUGAGCAGUUAGUUUCGGGUUUGGUAGUCGAGGGUUCUUUUCCGGUUCUAAACGAAAGUGGCAAGCCCUGUAAACGUGGGGCGGUACUCACCUUGUCGAUUCAGUAUACCCCCAUGAUGAAAGUGCCACUGGACUUGAACUUCAGUGGUGUUUCGGGUACUUAUUUUCCACUUAGGAGAGGGGGUAAAGUUACUCUUUAUCAAGAUGCUCAUGUUGAUGAUGGUUACCUUCCAAGUAUGCAUCUUGAUGGUGGUUUGAUGUAUCAAAAUGGAGAUUGCUGGCACGAUGUUUGUGAAGCUAUCAAGCAGGCGCGUCGUUUGAUUUAUAUUACAGGAUGGUCUGUGUUUCACAGCGUUCAGCUCGUUCGCAAUGGUGAAGGUGCAAAAGACAGCUUUUUGGGGGAUCUUUUGAAAGCCAAGUCUUCAGAAGGUGUUAGAGUGCUUCUCCUUGUAUGGGAUGAUCCGACUUCUAGGAGUAUUUUGGGAAUAAAGACGCAAGGAGUCAUGCAAACUAAUGAUGAGGAAACUCGGCGUUUUUUCAAGCAUUCAUCAGUGAAAGUACUACUUUGCCCACGUUCAGCCGGAAAGGGACAUAGCUGGGCCAAGAAACAGGAAGUUGAAACAAUCUAUACUCAUCAUCAGAAAACGGUUAUAGUGGAUGCUGAUGCUGGUAACUACAGAAGACGGAUAAUGGCAUUUGUUGGAGGUCUUGAUUUAUGUGUGGGCCGCUACGAUACUCCAUCACAUCCCAUUUUUAGCACAUUACAAACUUUGCACAAAGAUGACUAUCACCAACCUAAUUACGCCGGGCCUACCACUGGUUGUCCUAGAGAACCAUGGCAUGAUUUGCACAGUCGAAUUGAAGGCCCAGCUGCAUAUGAUGUACUCAAAAACUUCGAGGAGAGAUGGUUGAGGGCUUCAAAGCCAACUGGAAUUCAUAAAAUGAAAAAAUCUUCUGAUGAUUCGUUACUCAAGUUGGAGAGAAUUCCUGACAUUUUAGGAAUUGAUGAGGCUCAUUGCACGAAUGAACAAGAUCCCGAGGGUUGGCAUGUUCAAGUGUUCCGUUCAAUUGACUCAAACUCUGUUAAAGGUUUUCCCAAAGACCCCAAGGAGGCCACAAGCAAGAACUUGGUAUGUGGGAAGAAUGUGCUCAUUGACAUGAGCAUUCAUACAGCAUAUGUGAAGGCAAUUCGUGCUGCCCAACAUUUCAUAUAUAUUGAAAAUCAAUACUUUCUCGGUUCCUCAUUUAACUGGACUAAUAACAAAACUUUGGGUGCAAACAAUUUAAUACCAAUGGAAAUUGCUCUAAAAAUUGCAAAUAAAAUCAGAGCCAACGAGAGGUUUGCUGCAUAUAUUGUGAUUCCAAUGUGGCCCGAGGGUAGUCCUACAAGUGCCGCGACUCAAAGGAUCCUCUUUUGGCAGAAUAAAACGAUGCAAAUGAUGUAUGAAGUUAUUUACAAGGCUUUACAAGAGGCUGGGCUUGAAAAUGUGUAUGAGCCUCAAGAUUACUUGAUUUUCUUCUGUCUUGGCACUCGGGAGUCAUCCCAUGGCAUGGAACCUGCUCCAGAAGAAAAAGGGUCUAAUAAUGCAGUUACCCCUCAAUCACUUACAAGGAAAAGUCGGCGUUUUAUGAUUUAUGUCCACUCAAAAGGAAUGAUAGUGGAUGAUGAAUUUGUGAUAAUUGGAUCUGCGAACAUUAACCAACGUUCAUUAGAAGGGUCUAGAGACACUGAAAUCGCUAUGGGUGCAUAUCAGCCUUACCAUACAUGGGCUCACAAACGUUCUAGUCCACACGGGCAGGUAUUCGGAUAUAGAAUGUCCCUGUGGGCUGAGCAUAUUGGUGGGCUAGAGAUCAGUUUUGAGAGACCAGAAAGCCUCGAGUGUGUGAGAAGGGUGAGAUCACUUAGUGAAAUGAACUGGAAUCAGUAUGCAGCGGAUGAAGUGACAGAUAUGAAGGCUCACCUUCUCAAGUACCCUGUAGAAGUCGAUCGAACAGGCCAGGUGAAGUCUCUCCCUGGUUGUCCAAAUUUCCCAGAUAUGGGUGGUAACAUUGUGGGCACUUUUUUGGCCAUCCAAGAAAACCUCACCAUUUGAGUUUAAAGUAUUGGUAAAAGUCGUUUAUGUUGUAGAUUCAUGGGUUUGGUUUGAGACUUUAGGGCUUAUUUUGUUGCUCUUAUACAUGAAUCCGUUGGAAAACAAUCCUACCAAUAUAUGUUCUAAUAAUCUUUAGGUUAAUUAUCGUAUGCCAUUGAUGUUA